AAUAGUCCAAACUUUGGCAGCAAGUCUAUGGAAUCAUGAGGAAGCAAGUCUACAAACAGCUUUCAUCCUUGCUUGGUGCCCAAGUAACUGUCCUCAUAAAAUGCAUCUUUAUCCUCAGAUUGUAGCAAACAUUGGACCAAAGAUGUUUCAAAAAUAUUUGUAAUCUCUCUCUCUCUUCUUCUCCUCAUCCAUCUCUUCAUUUUUGGUUAAUUCGUCAGGUCAUCAGUAUCAUGUCAACUCAAUUGGAAAUGCCUAGUUGCAGGAAGCUAACCGAUAUUCAAAGGGAUGAGUUGCUACUGAAGUUAAUUGUAGAGGUUCAGAAUAUAAAAACUCGUGUCAGAGCUCUUGAGUUGCAGAACUCACAGCUGCCAACUAAUUUACCAGCAAAAGGAAAAAAAGAAUCAGUCCGAGUUGUUUCACAUGAAGGACUAGAGACCGGAGAAGAUGUUCAACAGCUUGACCAACCAACUAAUCCAACUGAAAAAAGAGGAGUUGUGGCGAAAAGACCUCUGCAGAUGCCUCAACCACCACUGAGUAGAACUUCCCUAAAGAGAACCCUCUAUGAAAAUCCAGGUACAACAGGGAACAUCAGAAAGAAGGUCAAAAUGGAGUUACCAGUUUAUAAUGGAAAGCUCAAUCCAACAAUAUUUGCUGAUUGGCUAUCAGCUAUGGAGGAAUAUUUUGACUUGUAUGACUUGUCAGAUGAUCGAAGGGUUAGAUUUGCUAAAAUGAAGCUAACUACUCUUGCAAAAGAGGUGGUGAAGUCCACAAGUUAAGACAAAUAUUCACAAAACAUGGCACAUCAACAUGGAUAUCUAAAACCAAUCAGGAGAUGCAUUCAACACUAGUAAUAGUCGCAUAGAUUAUGUAAGUAAGAGUAAUCAAAUGCAAAGCUUUAUUCAUUCGCAUUGCAAAAUGCAUCAAAACUAUUGUAAUGGUGAGCCAAAUGGAAAUCUAUGAUGCCAUACCAUGUAUAUAUGCCUUGUUUACAAUCGUGCAUCAUGACAUAAAAAAGAUGAAAAGAAAUCUAUCCUUAUAAUUGAAAAGACAAGCUUUAUGUGUAUUUUCAUGAGGCAGAAACUACAGUCAACACAACAAUUAACUGUUCCAUUUCAAUUACAG